AUGGGCGGAGGGGCGGGGAGCGGCAUGAUGGGCGGAGAGACGGAGAGCGCGGAGGAAAUGUCUCUGGAGCAGCUGAUGGGUGUGAGCCGAUGGUGCGUGCUGCGCGCCGUGGAGGUGGAGGUGACGGCUAGAGUGGCGGAGAGGCUUGGGGAGAUGGAGGAGAGAAAGAGAGAGGAAGAGAGGGAGAGGGAGGAGGAGAGGGAGAGAGUGAGAGAGGACGAGAGGAGGAGGGUGAGAGAGGAAGAAAGGAAGAUAGAGGGAGAGAGAAAUAGGGCGAGAGAGGAAGAGUGGAAGUGUGUGAUAGAGGAAGAGAGGAAGAGGAUGAGGGAGGAAGAGAGACAGAGUGUGCGAGCGGAAGAAAGGGAGAGGUUGAGAGAGGAAGAGAGGGAGAGGGUGAGAUCAGAAGAAAGGGAGAAGGUGAGAGAGGAAGAGCGAGAGAGGGUGAGAGAGGAAGAGAGGGAGAGAGUGAGAGUCGAAGAGAGGGAGAUAGUGAGAGUCGAAGAGAGGGAGAGGGUGAGAGAUGAACAAAGGACGAGGGUGCAAGAGGAAGCGAGAAAGAGAAAGAUGGAGGAAACGAGGAAGAGAGCGAGAGUCGAGGAGAGAAUGAGAAUAAGAGAAGAAGAGAGGAUAAGAGCGAGAGAGGAAGAGGCGAGUAAGAGGAGAGAGGUCGCGAGAAAAGCGAGGGAGGCUCUAGCGAAGUCGAAGAGGCGCAAAAGGGAGCUAAAAGCAGCGUUGACGGAGGCAGCGAGGGCGGUGGCUGGAAUGAAGGAGGGCGUUGAAGAGAAGGUGCGGGAGGUAGUGGUGCGGGCGGCGCUGUUUGGCUGCUUCCUAGAGGACGAGACGGCCUUUCAAGCUGCUCCUGGAGGCAGUGCCGGGCGCAAGCGAGCUCGCAUGGCGGACGGCUCUGCUGCUGCGCACCGCAUGAGGGAGCACCUGGAAACCCUCUUAGCCUAUGCAGAGGAGGCGAGAGGGAAGGCCCGCGAGGUGAGGAGGAAAGUGCGUGGGCUGUGGCAUAGACAUGUGUUGAGUGGUGGGGCGAUGCAGGUUGAAGUGGAGAGGGAGGAGGAAGAGAUGAGAGAGGAGGACGGGGAUGAGGAGGAGGAGGAGGAGGAGGAGGAGGAGGAGGAGGAGGAGGAGGAGGAGGAGGAGGAGGAGGAGGAGGAGGAGGAGGAGGAGGAGGAGGAGGAGGAGGAGGAGGAGCAGGAAGAGGAGGAGCAGGAAGAGGAGGAGGAGCAGGAAGAGGAGGAAGAGGAGGAGGAGCAGGAAGAGGAGGAAGAGGAGAAAGAGCAGGAAGAGGAGGAAGAGCAGGAAGAGGAGGAAGAGGAGGAGGAGCAGGAAGAGGAGGAAGAGCAGGAAGAGCAGGAAGAGGAGGAAGAGGAGGAAGAGCAGGAAGAGGAGGAAGAGGAGGAAGAGGAGGAAGAGGAGGAAGAGGAGGAAGAGGAGGAAGAGGAGGAAGAGGAGGAAGAGGAGGAAGAGGAGGAAGAGCGUGGGCAUGAGAAGAUAGAGAAUGCUCUAGAGGAAGAAGUUGGUGACAACUAUGACUUGGUGCAGCCCUACGCCCAGGAACAUGUUAUGGCAGCCAGACUCGUCCAGAGGGGGCGAACGAGGGUUGGAGGUUUAGGCGGAGGUGCCGGAGGGUGCAUGGGGGAGAGGCGUGAAGGGGGGGAGAGCGGGGAAGGGAGAGGCGGGGCAGAUAAAGUGGACAGGAACGGACAGCGGGAACGAGAUCGGCAAGAGCAAUUGCAGCGGGGCCGAGCACGCCGCAACCCCGUUUUCAGUGACGACCCUAACCACAGCCUUUUCUUUUUCCUCACCCUCGCCCCCUGCCACUGCCCCGGCCUCUAUGCCUCGCUCUCCUCCCUCACCCUCCACCGCCUCUCGCCCAUUCCCUCUCACUCCCUCGCCUCCCUCUGCCAGCUGCCCUCUCUCACCUCACUUUCCGUCCUGGGAACUUCCAUCAAUUCCUCAGGCAAUUUUCGGUUCUCAUCCUUCUCUCCGCUCCACCAGCUCGUUCUGGACUGCCCAGACCCCAGUGAGCUGAAUUUUGGCACUUUCUACGCCGAUGAGAGCGAGCCGUUUGAGAGGCUGAAGGAGCUGCAUUUCAGCCGCGUCACGAACCACCUGCUGCUGGAGGUUGGCGGGUUGACAGGCCUUGAGGCCUUCUCCUGCACGUGCAGUGAGGAAGUGACUCAUUGGGGUUUGAGGAACCUGAAUCGCCUCACCAGGCUGACGAGGCUGCAGGUGGCGCCAGCAAACCUGGAGGACCAUCACCUGCAGCUGCAGUUCCGCAAUGAUUCCUUGCCAGAUAUCUCCACGGUCUGCCAGCGGCCCACUCCCAACAGCAAGCGCGCUUGUUAUUGUGACUUUCGGCUUUUUAACCCCAAGUACCCGUGCUUGGAUGGCAGUGUCUGGCAGGUGGUGGGUGCGCUGCACGGCUUGCAGCAGCUUGGCGUGCAUGGAGUGGCCAGCAGUAAUCAAGACCUGCAAGCCCUCACUGCUCUCACACACCUCACCUCUCUCCACAUCACUGGCACCAACCUGAACGAUUAUGCAUGCUUCAAGGGCUUUUCUCAGUUGAGGGACCUGGGGCUGGCUGGGUGCAGCGUGGAUGUGGAAUCGUACGUGUGGGAGUGGAGCCGCAGCAUGCCACAGUUACAAUCCUUGGAUCUAUCAGCCACGCGGAUCAGCUACAAGAGCACAUCUCAGCUUUAUUUACUUACGAGUUUGGAGCGCCUGAAGGUGCAGCAGUGCUGCAACCUGCGUGAGGCGUUCCUGCGGCAUGUGAGCCUGAUACCCCAGCUGAAGGAGCUGGAUGGGCUUUAA